AUGGUCUUUUCGAGGGGCACAGCAGGCCGCUACAUACGCCGAUGCUUUCUUCGAGGCUUUGUUUUGGAGAUUGGUCACCAGCACGAAUACUUGCUGAACCAUGCCAUCAGUGACAGAGAAGAGGAUCCUGACCCCACGAUACCGUACAUAAUGAAGAACACAAGCCCUGACGAGAUGAGUUCGAACUGUUCAGAGGACGGGGAGGAGAGUGAGAACGAGGAAGACGAUGAAGGUGAGGAUGAUGAGGAUGAGGAUGAAGAGGAUGAAGAGGAUGAGGAGGAUGAUGAGUAUUUUGAAGAAGCUCGGGAUACGAGCGACAGUGAACCUGAUUUUAUCGGGUUUCCGUAG